AUGGAGACCCACUCGGACCUUCCGGUGUUGGAGACAAGUGAUGGACCCGGAGCAGGGACUGCAGUGGACAGCUCCGAGGAUGCUGGCUGGGCUGGGCGACCGUUCCCUGGGGGCUUCCGGGCUUCACUGGCUGGCGUGCUGCUUCUGGAGCUCGCGCUGGGCCUGGGCUGUAAUGCUGCUGCCCUGCUUCUGCACCGAGCCAGGGCAGGCCCCAGGGCCUCGGCCAGCGCACGCCUCACCCUCAGCCUGCACGUGCUGGACACGCUCAUCUGCGCGCUUUGUGUCCCUCUCAGCGUGGCCGUACUCCUGCUGCCCACUACACCGGCUCCUCGCGCUCCGGUCUCGGUGCGCCCCGCAACCCUGCUCUGCCGCUUCCAUGAGGCCGGGGUCACCUUUAGCGGCGUGGCCACGGCAGCCGGCGUACUCGCCGUGAGCCUGGACCGCUACGACAUGUCCGCGCGGCCCGCGCGCCGUCGUCUCACGCCCGCGCGCGCGCUGUUGCUGCUGGCCAUCGCUUGGCUGCUCUCCCUGGCAGCCUUCUUCUUGCCCUUUGUGGAGGCCGGGCUGGCGCCGGGGGCGUGGGAUGACGCCUCGGGUGCUGACAACCGCACAGGCGUGUCCUGUGUAGGUACAGGCGGAGAUGGGGCUGUGGCGGGCCGAGGGGCGUCUGCUGGCAGGGGCCACCUCCUGGUGCAGAUCCCCGCCUUCAUGGCGGCUCUUGUGGGACUGUUGGUGACCUACGCGCGUGUCCUCCAUGCGCUGAGCGCGGGCGUCGGUGCGCGAGCCAGUCGGAGGAGGAGAAGGGGGAGGCGGCGAGGACGUGGCUGUGGGUCUGGGGCCGGGUCUGGAGAGUCCCGGGGGCUGAGUUCCAUGCCACCGCCGGCCGCACCCACCCCAGGCCCCGCGCCCCCGCCGCCAGCCCUGCAAACUUCGGUGUCUGUGAUUCUAGCGUUGCGGCGAGCCGUGCGCAGGCACCGCGACAGGCGGGCUCGGAGGCGGCGGGUUUUGCGCCGGUCGCUGCUCAUCGUCAGCUCCUUUGUGGGAUGCUGGGCUCCUUUGUCUGUGGGCAACCUGCUUCUUCUGUGCAUGGGCCCCAGCGAGCGGCUGGCCCGCCUACGGCUUUGCUGCCUGGCGGCGGCCUACGGUACCACGGUGCUGCACCCGCUGCUCUACGCUUUCCCUCGCCGCUCGCUCAGCCGGGCGCUGCGAAGCCAAGCUCGGAGGCACGCUGUGUGCGCCUUGCGACCCGAACCACCUGCUGCGGCUGCUGCUAUUGUGCGGAAUUCCUGGCUGGGAACGCGCAAAGGCCAGGGCAAGGCGGAGGAAGUCGGGGACCGUGGUUUGGGCUUGGAUGGACAGCCCCGGGACUGAGGGCUUCAAUCGUUGCCCUUGCCCUGCAGGCGCGCAUGGAAUGAGGGUAACCGAUUUCCCCAGUAUCCUUGGUUCAAGUGUGCCCAUGGACUAACAGCCUCAUCCAGGUGCAUCUUCCCUGUGAGUGCCCAGGAAUCAUCUGGCUUUUCUGACCUAAAAGGUGUCCACAGACUGAGGGCCUCAGCCCAAUGUCCCUGCCCUGGAGGUGGAUGCCCACUAGCCAUUCAUCGACCCUGUCCUGCAGAUGAGCACAGACUGGAGACUUUCUUUGCUCUCCUGCCCUGAGUGGCCUGGGGGCCCAGGACUUGUCACCAGCACCCACCACCCUUGGGCCCCUGGAACCCGAAGGGGAGCUGGAGGAGAGCCUACUCUAAGCUCAAAUUCCUGCCACCUCAGUCCCAUCACCCCUCGCCAAAGAAAGCACAGUCUCCAUUCUGUUUCACAAAGUCCCUAGCCACCACAGAGUGCUCAGCUCCUGGGGAUGAUGGGGUGCCCCCGUUUGCUGCACCAUUAAGGCAAUAAUAGGGCUAGGGAGAAGAAAAUUCCACAGAGAGACCCACUGCCCUGACGGGGCUCAUCACAGCAAUAACUCCAGAUGGAGGUCCUCAAUUACCCCAUUCCUGCCCCCAAAGAGUCACCAGCCUGGGAGUCACCACCUCCCCAUUCACAGAUUUAGCUAGGGGAUGGGAUCCUUGUCUGGUCUUCCUGUUUGUCAUUGGCUUGCUUGUCCUAGAGGGGACUAGUCAGGUAUCUGUCUUCUCCCUACCAGCAUCCCCCCAGGAGGAAAAGAUGUAGUGUUGUUUCUUAUGGGGGGGGGGAGUCCGAAAUGGAGGCAGGCCAGAGUUUCUUCUGGCUUUGGCCAAACUGCCAGGGUUAAGGACUGGCUCUCAGUACAAAUCCUCCAGGGUGUGAUGUUACUGGGGGUGCCCAGGGUGUUUGGCAGCUGCUCCCCCUACCUGGAUGAGAGAAGUAAAUGCCCUAGCAGGGAGUUCUAUCCCUAUAUGUAGUUUUUACUUUUAAUACUGUCCAGUCUGGUGUGACUUUUCUGGUAGCGUUCAGUUCCCCUGGUGUCUGAGGUGGCCCCAGGUCUUUCUGCAAAAUACUUGCAAAGGAUCUGAU